AUGGUGAAAUCUUUGAAGAAUAAAUACAACUUGAACAUGUUAGGAUUAAUUGAAACAAAAAGGGAAAUACUUACAAAAUAUGAUGUUGCACGGCUUUGGGGAAUUAGUACUGCUGGGUGGGACUUUGUGGAGUCUAUAGGAUCGGCUGGGGGACUGUUAUUGAUGUGGGAUGAUGGAGUGUUUAAAGUACAUAAUAGAUAUAAAGGUGAGCGUUGGCUAUGUGUGGAAGGCGUGUUAACCAGGGCCAACUUCCCCUGUGCUUUUUGUUUGGUGUACGGGGCGCAUGGGAGGGAGGCGAAGAAGGUGGUGUGGGAAGAGCUAAGCUAUGUGGCAGGUUUGUGUCAGGUCCCAUUCUGCUUUUUAGGGGACUUUAAUGAAAUCUUACAUGUGGAGGAUCGAAAAGGGGGGGCUAGUUUGCCGGCAUCAGCAGAAGAGUUUAAGAGUUGGGUGCAUGACAUGCAAUUGCUGGAUUUGUCUCUUACGGAUCGAAAGUAUACAUGGUUUAGGGGACGAUCAUGUAGUCAGAUUGAUAGGGUGUUGGUCAAUAUUGAGUGGACUGAGCGGUUUCUGGAUAUUCGGCUGAAAGGGGGCCCAAGGGGGUUGUCAGAUCAUUACCCAUUGAUUUUGGAAGGUACAAGGUUAGGCGGGGGCCCUAGACCAUUCAGAAGUCUGGAUGCUUGGUUCACGCAUGAGGACUUUCUGUGA